UCUCUCCGUUUAGCCCUCACUUCCUCUCGGUUUGGGGUGAGAGGACUCUUCCAGGGGUUCUGGCGGCAAUGGGGCCGCGGCUUCCCCUCCUGGUGGCGGCGCUGGCCAGCUGCCUGCUUCCUGCCCGGACUUGUGUCCUGUGUGAUACAAAAGUCGUGGAAGCGCUAAACAACUUGGAGAUGGAUUACCUGCCUGGCCACCUGGGGGCCGAGCACCACAAAAACUUGAUGAAAAGGGUAAAGCAGGCCUUGCAGGAUUUCAAGGAACUGCCGUUUGACGAGGAUUCCUAUCUGGGGGUCGUCGAUGAGCCCACACUGGAGAAGGCAUCCUGGAGUUUGCUGAAGGAUCUGAAACGCAUCACGGAUAGUGAAGUAAAAGGUGAGCUCUUCGUGAAAGAGCUAUUCUGGAUGUUGCACCUGCAAAAGGAUACCUUUGCCAGAUAUGCUGCUCACUUCCAAAAAGAGGAUUUUUGUCCCAACGAAUGUGGUAUGAUGUUGCAGACGCUGAUCUGGUGCAGUAACUGCAAGAAACAGGUUCACGCUUGUCGGAAGUCCUUGGAUUGCGGGGAGCGCAAAGUCAAGGUCCAUGAAAUGGAAGACAUGAUCCUGGACUGUGAGCUCAACUGGCAUCAUGCCUCUCAAGGCCUGACCGAUUACAGCUUUUACAGGGUUUGGAGGAACAAGUCUGAGACCUUGGUGUCCAAGGGGAAAGAGCCUACCCUGACCAAGAUCAUGGUAGACCCACUGGAUGCAGGCACCUAUCGCUGCCAGCUGGACACCGUGCAAUCUAGCCCGGCCACGGUCAUCCGUUUUCAUGUCACAGUGUUGCCCAAAAGAAUCGAGGAGGAGAUACCGUCAUCAAACAUCCCAAGCCAGGAUGAGGUGGCCCCGAGUGAGGUGACUUGGGGUGUCACCAAAUCGUCUACAACCCUCCAGUCUCCGUCAUCACAGUGUCCAACGGCAGAGAAUAUACUGAGAGGCCGCCUGGUCGGGCUGCUGAUCUGGAUCUCUGUGGUGCUGAUAGCCGGCAUUGCCACCGCGAUAUUUUGCUAUCGGUCUGAGAAGGUCAUGGACUCCAUAAAAUCCUGGUUGGGCACUGGCAGCGAAGCUGCUCAGAGCUCCCAGGUUCCAGAGGAAAAGGAUACAGAAUCAAGGAGCCAAUAAAGAUUUAUUUGGUUGUCUAAGUAUCUGA